AUGCGGUCCCUUCUUGUUGCCUUUACGGCACUCACCACUGUCUUCGCAGCUCCCGUGGAGGAGAAGCGUGCAACUGUUCCCUCUGCGAUUGUCAAGAACGGAACGAUUAUCGGAAGCUCUACUGGCAUUGUAGAGUCUUUCAAGGGCAUUCCGUUUGCUCUCCCUCCUACUGGUAGUCUGCGACUGAAGCCUCCCCAAUCAAUCACAGCAUCAUACCCAUCGGGCACUUUUGCAGCCACUGGCGUCCCCAAAGCAUGUCCUCAGUUCUUUAGCCAAGUGGAUACUUCCAACUUACCAUCCGAUGUCGUCGGAGAACUUCUCAUAUCACCUCUAGUACAGGAUGUCACGGAUACUGGAGAGGACUGUUUGACUCUGAAUGUCCAACGCCCGGCUGGUACUACAUCGUCUUCGAAACUGCCUGUCGUGUUCUGGAUUUAUGGAGGCGGUUUCGAGUUUGGAUCCACUCAACAGUAUGAUGGCACUCCUCUGGUAACAGAGUCUGUCACCCUGGGUCAUGGCGUGAUCUUUGUGGCGGUCAACUACCGCCUUUCAGGGUUCGGCUGGUUGGCUGGAAAAGAGCUGCAAGCAGAGGGGUCCACCAACCUUGGACUCAAAGAUCAGCGAAAAGGCCUCCAGUGGGUUGCUGAGAACAUUGCAGCCUUCGGCGGUGACCCUGAGAAGGUUACUAUCUGGGGUGAGUCGGCUGGCGCAAUCUCGGUUUUCGAUCAUAUGAUCAUCAACAGCGGCGACAACACUUACAAUGGAAAGCCCUUGUUCAGAGGUGCAAUCAGCGACUCUGGCUCGAUCGUCCCUGCUGUGGAUGUCGAUCACCCUAAAGCACAGGCUGUCUACGAUACUGUAGUCAACGCAGCUGGUUGUUCCGGUAGCAGUGACACGCUCGCGUGCUUGAGAAGCCUGGAUUACGAAACGUUCGACUCAGCUGUCAACUCCCUGCCUGGAAUUUUCAGCUAUUCUUCUGUCAAUCUGGCCUAUCUACCUCGUCCUGAUCCAUCCGAUGGUUUUUUCCCCGUCAGCCCUGAGGUCGCAGUUGCAAAAGGGAAUUACGCAAAGGUACCACUAAUCUCUGGGGAUCAAGAAGAUGAAGGCACGCUGUUCAGUCUGGUACAGAACAACAUCACGACUGAUGCACAAGUCAUCGACUAUGUUGCCAGCUCUUAUCCAGACACUCCCAAGUCUGUGGUGGCUACUUUAGUUGCAACAUAUCCCAACGAUCCUUCUGCUGGAUCGCCAUUCAGGACAGGCCUGCUCAACAACAUCUACCCACAGUACAAGCGUCUGGCUGCCAUUCUUGGUGAUCUGGUUUUCAAUUUGCGUCGUCGACAAGUUUUGUACGCCGUCUCUUCCACGAUCCCUUCGUGGAGUUACCUCGACAGCCAUCUUUACGGCACAGCAGUACUAGGAACCUUCCACGCUAGCGACGUACUGAGCAGUUUCGACAGUGUUGGAGGUAUCACUACUCAGAAAACAUACCUUGACUACUACACCUCGUUCAUCAACUUCCUCGACCCCAACGCCCUGGGUUCUGCAGCUCCGCUUAUCGAGUGGCCUCAGUACAACACUACAACGCCUACAUUGCUGAACCUUCAAGCGGUGGGGAAUACUCUGCUUCCUGAUACAUACCGAAGUGCUAGUUUCAAUGCUUUGCAAGCAGACUAUGGAUACCUUCGCACCUAG